GGUCACUUCCGGUUUAAGAUGAACACGUGAAAAAUGAAAACAUUGCAAUUUUUCAUCUAUUAUUGGAAAUUAUCGUAGUUCAGGUGGUUAAAAGGGAUUCGCAGUCAUGACACUUGAAACUGAAGAACCAUAUCAAAGGCUGUCUCGGCUGUCUUUUGGCACUUACAGUGAUGUCGAAGUACAACGCUUGAGUGUUAAGGAAAUUACAAAUCCCAACUCAUUCGAUUCAUUGAUGCAUCCUACUUAUGGAGGCCUAUAUGAUCCACAUCUAGGUGCAGUAGACCGUGAUGACGUGUGUGCAACAUGCCGUCAGAACUAUAUACAUUGCCCCGGCCAUAUGGGACAUAUUUCUUUAGCUGUUCCAGUCUAUAAUCCUGUCUUUUUCAACACAAUGUACCAGAUAUUAAAAGGGUCAUGCCAGAAGUGCCACAACAUGUUAGUGAGGAAUUGUUCAGUGACGCUACUGACCAUGCAGCUACAGAGUCUUUCACUGGGCUUCCUAGGCCUUGUGCAGGAUCUCCAAGAGACAAUGAACAAUACAUUGAUGGAUGAUGGUGGAGAUCUGCAGGACACGGGUGAUCUGGCGGAUCAACUUAAUAAAGUACUGUUACAGGCUAUUAAUGAUGGACCAAAAUCAGAUGGCAGAAAUCAUAGUGUUAAGAACAUCGAGGAGUUACGUUCUAAACUAAUAAAGGAUUUCAUCAAGACAUGUCUUCACAAUAGCAAGUGUCCACACUGCUACAUGCCUUCAAGGAAACUAAGACAAGAACAUUAUAGUAAGCUGUAUUACACCAAAGGAUAUGGUGCUAAAAGAGCUAAACAAGUUAUCAUGAAAAGGCGAGAAAAACUUCGGUUGUUAGAGCAAAAACGGCAAGCAGAGCAGGAGAACAUCGCUCCUGAAGAGAUAGUCCUUGAUAGGACUGAAAAAGAGAAUGAGAAUGAUGAGGCUGCAGUGGAAUCCCUAACUGAACAGAUGUACCUGACACCUGAACAAGCAAGGCAAGACCUGAGGCUCAUCUGGCAGAAUUGUGGACCCCUACUGAGAAAGAUUUACGGAUGUUUAGAUGUACCUGUAACUGAUACAGAUUCUUACCCUACUGAUAUGUUCUUUCUAUCAGUAGUACCAGUGCCUCCUUCUAGAUUUAGGCCAAUUUCACAGAUGGGAGACAAAAGGUUUGAAAAUCCACAAUCUGGCAACCUUGUGAAUGUAAUCAAGUCAAACUAUACGAUACGUAGAGUACUGCAGCAGAAAUAUCGGGAGGAAGUCGGUCAGGAGAAUUCGACGGACACCUUGUUAAAUGCCAGUACUGCUGAGAUAGGGUCUACCUUGGAAGAUAUCUCUGGGAAAACACUGAAUGAGAAGUUAAACAACAGCUGGAUACAGCUGCAGACCAAGAUCAACUGCUGUGUGGAUUGUCUGUUGGACAAGCUGAAUAGAGACAAGAACCCUGGUAUCAAACAACUUCUUGAAAAGAAACAAGGCCUGUUUCGCAAGAACAUGAUGGGUAAGCGUGUCAACUAUGCAGCUCGCUCCGUCAUCUCUCCAGAUCCCUAUAUCAACACUGAUGAGAUUGGAAUCCCUUCUGUGUUUGCCAAAAAGCUGACUUAUCCUGAACCUGUGACUCCCUGGAAUGUUCAAGAAUUGAGGCGCAUGGUUAUGAAUGGGCCUGAUGUACAUCCUGGAGCUGCAUUUGUCAUCAAUGAAGAUGGCUCUAAAUUGAUACUUAAAGCCGGUGAUAAAACGCACAGAGAAGCUGUUGCUAAGCAACUGUUAACUCCAAGUAGUACUCCUGGUGCCCAAUUAGGAACCAAAAAGGUAUACAGACAUUUGAAAAAUGGAGAUGUGCUACUGCUGAACAGACAACCAACAUUGCAUAGACCGAGUAUGCAGGCACAUAAGGCAAGGAUUUUGCCUGGUGAGAAGACACUUAGACUCCACUAUGCCAACUGUAAGGCUUAUAAUGCUGACUUUGAUGGUGAUGAAAUGAACGCACAUUUCCCACAGAAUGAAAUAUGUAGAGCAGAAGCUUAUAACAUAGCUAGUACCAACUUCCAGUACCUGGUACCCAAAGAUGGUUCCCCUCUAGCAGGUCUGAUUCAGGAUCACAUGGUAUCUGGGGUGAUGCUGACUAUAAGGGGGAGAUUUUUCAACAGGGAGGAUUACCAGCAGCUACUGUACAAUGCUUUAACAGACAAAGAUGGCCCUGUGCUACUACUACCUCCAUCUAUCAUAAAACCUGUAGUUCGCUGGUCGGGAAAACAGGUCCUCUCAUCUCUACUCCUCAAUCUGAUACCACAAGGGAAAGAUGCACUGAAUCUUAUUGGAACUGCCAAAGUGCCAUCUAAGGCCUGGGUAAGAGGGACAAAGAGACCAUGGAAAGCUGGUGGCUCCCCCUUGCAGGAGGGUGAUAUGACAGAAAGUCAGGUGAUCAUUCGCCAGGGGGAGUUACUGGUCGGUGUGUUGGAUAAGGCUCACUAUGGUUCUACACCUUACAGUUUGGUGCAUUGUUGUUAUGAGCUCUAUGGUGGAGUAAUGGCUGGCCAACUGUUGACUAGCCUGGCCAAACUCUUCACAACAUUUCUACAACAAAUCAAGGGCUUCACUCUGGGGGUGCAGGAUAUCUUGUGUGUUAAAAAGGGGAAUAAGAAGAGACGUGAGAUAAUGGCUGCCUCCAAGCAUUGUGGACCAGAGGUAGCAGCCAGGGCAUUGGAUCUGAAGGACUUUUCAGACCCAGAAGUCCUGAAAGAUAAACUCCAAGCUGCCCACUUUAGUAAAGAAGACCUGUUCAAAGAUCUGGAUCUUUGUAUGAAAGGGAAGACAAAUGAAUUCCAGAAUAGCAUCACAAAAGCUAUCAUGCCUGAGGGGUUAUUAAAGCAGUUCCCAGACAACAACCUACAACUGAUGGUACAGGCUGGAGCCAAGGGUUCAUCAGUGAACUGUAUGCAGAUCUCAUGUCUACUUGGGCAAAUUGAAUUGGAGGGACGCAGACCCCCUAUAAUGAUCAGUGGUAAAUCCCUGCCAUCAUUCCUACCAUAUGAGACGUGUCCCAGGGCAGGAGGCUACAUUGAUGGCAGGUUUCUCACUGGAAUCAGACCACAGGAGUAUUUCCACCAUUGUAUGGCAGGUAGAGAGGGUCUGGUAGACACAGCAGUAAAGACAAGUCGUAGUGGUUACCUUCAGAGAUGUAUUAUAAAACACUUGGAGGGUUUGGUUGUUGGCUAUGACAUGGUAGUCAGGGACAGUGAUGGCAGUGUAGUACAGUUCCAAUAUGGAGAGGACAGUCUGGAUGUGUGCAAGACACAGUUUCUGAAGGAGAAACAAUUUGCUUUUAUGAUGAGCAACAAGGCCAUACUAAUGGAUCAACAACAAUUAGCAGCUGUCAAGAAUAAACUAGACACAAAGACAGCAGAUAAAAUGUUUAAAGAGAUUCAAGCUUGGAAAGAGAAACAUCAGAAUACAAAAUCAUGCAGAAAAUCUGCCUUUCUCAACUAUGCCAAGAAGAAAUGGUCCUCUGUCAUAGUAGACCAUUCCACAUCUGUGUUGACACCUGCAGGACGUUGCCAGGCAACAGAAAAACUAAUUAAAGACUGGAGAGAUAUCAGUGUUGAAAAGAGAAAGAAAAAGUGGGAGAAGAAUCAGACCUGUCCUCUCCCAGUAACCAGUAAACUACCUCCCCAAAUGUACUUUGGGGCAGUUUCUCAGAAUCUGAAUGAUACAGUGCAAUCAUAUGUCGAGAGGAACCCAGGGCAGUGUAUUAAACCUGGUAAAGAGGAAGAAUUCUUGGACCUUGUUAAGUUACGCAACAUGAGGGCCUUGGUUGAACCAGGAGAAUCUGUAGGGCUGCUUGCUGCCCAGAGUAUUGGGGAACCCUCCACUCAGAUGACCUUAAACACGUUUCAUUUUGCGGGAAGAGGGGAGAUGAAUGUGACUUUAGGUAUCCCUCGAUUGAGGGAGAUUUUGAUGGUUGCUAGCCAGAAUAUAAAAACACCAAAUAUGGAUGUGCCACUAUUGAAGACUAAAGGAGCUGAAAAGAAAGCACAGGCACUGCGACUGAAGCUGACAAAAGUAUACCUUUCUGAUGUACUUGAGAAUGUAGAAAUCUCAGAGACUUUGUCUCUCGAUGAGAAGUUCAACAGGAGAAGAUUGUUUAGAAUUAGGUUUAACUUCCUCCCCUACAGCAAUUAUAAAGACAAGUACUAUGUCACCCCAAAUUUCAUCUUGGACUACAUGGAGAGAAAAUUCUUCAAAGCUUUUACUUCAUUUGUAAAACGAAAAAUACAAGAGAUCAGCGAAUCAAGUCUCCUAAACAGCGGUAGCCUGAACAGACGUGAGGCCCCCAAACAAGAUGAUGAGGCAGCAGUUGGUCCAGUUAAUAGAGAUGAAGACAAUGAUGAGGCAGAAGAUGAUGAUCAAAAUGAUGGAGAUGCUACUGCUACAAAGGUUCGAGAGAGGCAACAACAGGAGAGAGAUUAUGAUGGGGAAGAUGAAGAGAAGGAAGAAUUAGCAGAGGAAGUUCUAAGUGAAGAGUCAGAAUCUGAAUCAGAGGGAGAGGAAGAGGAUGCCAUGGGUGAAAAUUCUGAUGGAGAGACUUCACGCUCACAAACUCCUACCAAAAAUAUUGAUGAGAAACUCAGGAAAAAGACAACUAAGAAGAAAGUAGUAAUAAAUGCUGAAAUGGAGGAAAGAAGAGUCCAGGGAGUUGUGUCCUGCAUCCCUAACAUAGAAGAAUAUACAUAUGAUGCCAAUGAGGAGGAAUGGUGCGAAAUAUUAUUUGGGAUGCCUAUAACACAGAUGAAGAUUGACCUAUCCUCCAUAUUGGAGAGUCUAGCACGACGCACUGUGCUGUUCUUCACCCCUGGAAUCACACGUGCAAUACUGACGGACAGCAAGAAACCUGGAGAGGAGGGGCUGAAGAGACUAAAGACAGAGGGGGUCAAUAUUCAGGAGUUAUACAAGAGUGCUGGUUUCCUAGACCUAAAUAAACUGUACAGCAAUGAUAUUCACGCUAUAGCCAACACAUAUGGUAUUGAGGCAGCUGCCAAAGUUCUUGUACAGGAAAUUCGAGAUGUUUUCGCAGCUUAUGGUAUCCAGGUAGACUACCGCCAUCUAUCUUUGAUAGCAGACUAUAUGACUUUUGAAGGAAUGUACAAGCCUUUUAACAGGAUGGGACUGGAGUCUAACCCUUCACCCCUUCAGAAGAUGACCUUUGAGACCACAAUGAGCUUCCUGAAGACAGCCACUAUAUCAGGUUCUAAAGAUGACCUAAAGUCUCCCUCAGCAAGGCUUGUAGUUGGGAGAGUAGUCAACAGUGGCACAGGAGUAUUUGACCUUGUUCACAAAUAGCUGAAUGCAACAAUGGAUGACUUAAUGGAUCAGAGAUGACAUCACAAACAAUUCAACAAGAGACUUCUUAUAUUUCCAAGUUAGAUUGGAAAUGCAGUAUUUGAGAUGCUCCUAAAAAACACUUCAUCUUCCUUUUCUUUUUAAAAGCAAGCAUUCAGAUAGUCAUCCCAGAUUUGCCGUAUUGGACAAAUAAAGACCUGCAUCUCUUUUGUGAGCUCUAGCCAAGUCUGAUUUCAGAGGAAUUUUUAUAAUAUAGUAAAACCUUUGGAACACACUUGAGUGGAAUAUUUUUCUAAGUUCUGUUAUCCAUUGACUCUAUAUAAAAUGAACCUCUAUAAGUGUAAUACCUCCAAAGCCAAACACUAUUUUGAGGUAUCAAAAGGUGCUCCAAUAACAAAGGUUUAACUGUCAAUACAUGUUCCUAACCCAAUGGACCAUUAUCUAUGUAUGUAACAAUCAUUACUAUUCCUACUUGAUCCUAGGUAAAAUGUUGAAUUGUUCAUAUUUUCAUUACUGUAUUGUAUGUAGAUGGUUGUGCCUUAUGGUUGAAAUAUAUCACAAUGCAGUAUAUUAAAUAAACAA